AAAUAUUUUGCACAGGACUAUAUGAAUCUGUAAGGCAGAUUCUCAGACUGAAAAGCAGACUUUAAACUCUUCAGGUCUGGCUUCAAAAUCCUUCUAAUCUAACCCUGAGAAAGGAAGUUCUGUCUUUGAGAGAGAGGAGGGGGCACUCUCUCUAAAAUGAGUCCCCCUAGGGAACAUGACAUGGACACCAAAGCUAAGAGCCCAAUCCAGCAGGAGAGACCAGCCUCACCUGUACCCAGCUGUGUGUCCAUGAAGAGUGACAGGUCCAUGGAACUACCUUUCAUGUUCAGUGAUGGAGGAGGACCUUCUAAUGAAGAAGGGAUGAGACAGCAGAGACCAGCCUCACCUGUACCCAGCUGUGUGUCCAUGAAGAGUGACAGUUCUAUGAAUGAACCUAUCAUGUUCAGUGAUGGAGGAAGACCUUCUAAUGAGGAAGGAGAUCAACAGAAGUCAGACCAGAGUCACCAUGACGACUUGUCUUCUAUAUUCACAGACCCUGAAUAUCAGAAGCAGGAGAGCAGUGCCAGAAAGGGAGCUCUGCAGGAGCUGGCUGACACUCUGGAGGAAAGAGAGCUUUCUCAUCAUAGACUCUCACGUAAACUCAAAUCUAAACUAAAGAAGAAGUUUCAGACUGUCUUUGAGGGCAUAGCUCAACAAGGAAACCCAACUAUUAAUAAGAUCUACACAGACGUCUACAUCACAGAGGGUGAGAGUGCAGAGGUCAAUAAAGAACAUGAGGUGAGACUGAUUGAGACAGCAUCCAGGAAAUCAGCAAGACCAGAGACAGCCAUCACAUGCAACAACAUCUUUAAACCCUCAGCUGGACGAGACACACCUAUCAGAAUUGUUCUGACAACAGGAGUUGCUGGCAUCGGAAAAACUGUCUCUGUGCAGAAGUUAAUCACGGACUGGGCUGAGGGACUAGCCAAUCAGGAAAUCCAGUUCAUCUUUCCUCUGCCGUUUCGAGAGCUGAAUCUGUUGGAUAGAGAAUUCAGUCUGAUGGAACUUGUCUAUCACUUCUUCUCAGAAACCAGACAAUCAGGAAUCUCCAACUAUGACAAGUACAACGUUCUGUUUGUCUUUGACGGUCUGGAUGAGUGUCGACUGCCCUUAGCCUUCAAAAAGAACAAGAGCUGGUGUGAUGUCACAGAGUCCACCUCAGUGGAUGUGCUGCUGACCAACCUGAUCAAAGGAAACCUGCUUCCCUAUUCCAGUCUUCUCCCUAAUAUGUGUGACAGUUCUGGAGCACAUGCUGAGAACAGAGAUGAAAGAGAAGAUGCCCAAGACCCUGACUGAGAUGUACACAGCCUUCCUGGUGUUACAGACCAAACAGAAGAAGGUGAAGUAUCAAGGGAAAACUGAGACAGAUCCACACUGGGAUGAAGACAGCAUUAAGAGCAUUCUGUCACUGGGAAAACUGGCCU